AGCCUACGGCAUCAGUGCGUAAAAAAAAGGACGGCUGGGCGAUCGUGCAUCCCAUCUACAGACUCAGCUCCUGUAUCCUAUGUGGUACCCAUGUCUCCUCACUCAGCCUCUCACUGCUCUCCAUCCUCGGCGCAUCUGCUUUGAAUCCACUUCGGUUCUUGUCACAGCCCUCCCUCUCCUCUCCUCUCCUUUCCUCUGUACACGAACACACACUCAUACACACACUUUUACAAAUGCAGCGCAGAGGACUGGAGCGACAGGAGACGCGUCUGAUCGAGUUCGUUGAUGGUAAGGGAACAUUUAUUUCACCAAAGCCGUGUCUGUUUUUCUUUUUACGCGCGGUGAUGCUUUUCUGAAACCGUGUAGGAAGACUAUGGAGGAAAAAAUCUGCCCUUAUAUGUGUGUCUGCGGUACUUAAUGCGUGAAGGAUGUAGAGCCGGAGGAGGGGGGAGGAUGGAGUGCUCCUGGAAAACGGUGCUGCUGCUGGUGUGUGCGUCUCUGGGGGUCCAGUACACGGCCAUCCGCACCCUGAGGGACUCUCUGUCUGGACCCUGUCAGGGAGCCUACAACUGCCAGACACGACACCACAGAGAUUCCAGGUGGAGAGUGUUGUGCGAUGAUAGCUGGACGCCUGUGGAGUUGCCUCGGAAGCACAUCCUUCUGUUUGCAACUACACGGAGUGGCUCGUCCUUCACUGGGCAGCUUCUCAAUCAGCACCCAGGGGUCUUCUAUGUGUUUGAACCUCUCUACCACGUCCAGCAGGCCUUCACUAACUCCACCAGCAGGCUGCGGCGCACCUUGGACCGAAGGGCCCUUCUGGGAGCGUACAGGGACCUCCUUCUCAAUCUGUACACGUGUGACCUUCACUUCAUGGAGAAUUACAUACAUCCAGAGCCCCAGGACCACAUUACAAGCUCAUUGUUUCGCAGAAGCUCAAGCCACGCUCUGUGUUCCCCUCCUGUUUGCGUCGAGGGGUCGGACGCAGCGACUUCUGAUCCACCUGAUGAAAUGUGGUGUCCGAAAAAGUGUGGGGCCUUGAAUUUCACUUUAGCUUCCAUUUCAUGUCUGUCAAAAGGACACGUGGCCAUAAAGACUGUACGAGUUCCUGAGGUGGGGGACCUGCGAACACUAACUGAAGAUCCACGCCUGGACCUGAAAAUCAUCCACCUGGUGAGGGAUCCGAGAGCCAUCUUAGCUUCGCGCAUGGUGGCGUUUUCAGAUCAGUUUCGGGCGUGGAAAAUAUGGAACGCGACAGGACGGCAGCCGCGAUACGUGGACCUCUCACAGAUCACCAGUACCUGUAAGGACAUGGCGGCCUCUGCUGAAACAGGCCUGCAAAGACCGGCGUGGCUACGGGGACGCUACCUGCUGAUUCGAUACGAAGAUCUCGCAUUCAAGCCAAAGGACAAAGCCACUGAGAUCUACAGGUUUGUGGGGUUGGAGAUGGAGGACAGAGUAAGGAUGUGGAUUGCAAAGAACACCAACAGCAACACGUCGUCUCCGUCUGAGUGGAACUACAGAUACUCCACCACCAGAGACUCCAGAGCGACGGCGGAGAGCUGGCGGCUCCGUCUUAGUUUUGACAUAGUCAGGACUGUGCAGGAUUUGUGUAAUGACACUCUGGCUCUGCUGGGAUACAGACAGGUUCACUCUGCAGCUGAACUCAAAAACAUGUCCCACAGUUUAGUGGAACCCAGGACCUUUCAACCAUCAAUACAGUAGAUUUGAUAUAAACAUAAGUAUUUAUUUAUUUAUUUAACCCAUAAAGACCCAGUGCUACUUUUCUGGCAGUUCCCAUAUGAAUUUUUCUCUCUAUG